AUGGCGCUCAGCCCCCGCGCUCACGCCUUCUCCGUGGAGGCGCUCGUGGGCAGAGCGGCCAAGAGGAAGGGGUCCGACGGCCCCGACGAGGAGCCGGGGCCCGGCGCGCGGCCCCCCCGCCCGAGCCGCCCCGUCCGUGUCCCCGCAGAGAAGCGGCCCAAGGCGGCGGAGAGCCGGGAGGCGGGCGGCGAGGUGCAGGUGGAGCUGCAGGGCGCCGAGCUCUGGCGGAGGUUCCACGACAUCGGCACCGAGAUGAUCAUCACCAAGGCGGGCAGGCGCAUGUUCCCCUCGGUGCGGGUGCGGGUCAAGGGGCUGGAGCCGCGCAGCCAGUACAGCCUCGCCAUCGACGUGGUGCCCGUGGACUCCAAAAGAUACAGGUACGUGUACCACAGCUCGCAGUGGAUGGUGGCGGGCAACACGGAGCACGCGGGCCCCGCGCCGCGCCUCUACGUGCACCCCGACUCGCCGUGCUCGGGGGAGACGUGGAUGCGCCAGGUCAUCAGCUUCGACCGCGUCAAGCUCACCAACAACGACAUGGACGACAAGGGACACAUCAUCCUGCAGUCCAUGCACAAGUACCGGCCCCGCGUGCACGUUAUCGCCCGCGACGGGCGGCCCGACGGGGCGCCGCUGCGGGCGCUGCCGCCCGCCGGCGUUCGCACCUUCUCCUUCGGCGAGACCGAGUUCACCACGGUGACCGCCUACCAAAACCAGCAGAUCACCAAGCUGAAAAUCGACAGAAACCCCUUCGCCAAGGGCUUCCGCGACCCCGGCCGCAACAGGGGCGUUUUGGACGGGCUGCUGGAGACGCUGCCCUGGAGACCCCCCCUCGCCCUCGACUUCCAGCCCUUCGGCGCCGAGAGCCCGGGUGGCAGCUCCAGCGCUUCGCCUGCGGGCUCCAGCAGCGGGACGCCGUCGCCGCUGRGCUCCCUGCUGCCUCCGUCCUGCUCCCCUCCCGCGUUCCUCGUGCCGCCUCCCGACGCCCUCCUGCACGGCCUCGGCCUGCCCCUCUGCUACAAGCUCUGCCCCACGAGCUUCCUGAGACCUCAGCCUCUCGUGCUCCCCGGCCCCGAGAAACUGGGAGGCGCCAGCCCGCCCGUUUUGCCCCACUUCGUGGUGGACCUGCCCAAACUCUCUGCCCUCGGCAUAACAAGCCUGAAGAACGGGAAAAACGAAGACCUGAACGGGCAGUGCCUACAAGCCGCCGGUUCCGAUAGCCAAGUGCUGUACGGAUUACAGGCAUCUGGAAACGUUUUCCCAUCAAGUCCCAUUGCUCGGGAAGCACUUAAUUGUUCUUUACAUCCUCCAUAUGGCUUGUACGGUUAUAACUUCUCGGUGCCCAGCAGGCUGAUGAGCGCAGCGAGCCCCGUCAAGGUGAGCGACGGCAUUCCCGCGCUCCUCCGAGAYGGCCGGUGUAAUCCCUCCAGCUGGCACCCCACGAUUAACCACUGCCUUUAA